AUGUCUUCAAAAAGUAAAGCCGUAAUCAUCUCUCUCUCUCUCCCCCUCUCUCUUUCUCUCUCUCCCCUCUCUCUCACUCUCUCUCUCUCUCUCUCUCUCUCUCUCUCUCUCUCUCUGAGAACACCCUGUGUCUGUCUCCGUAUCUCUCAACCUUCAUAUCUAUAUCAGUCUUUUCAUAUCCGUCUAUCUACAUGUAAUAAAGUCAGUCUUUUCAUAUCUAUCUAUCUAUCUAUCUAUCUAACUAUCUAUCUAUCUAUCUAUCUAUCUGGAUUUUUGUUUUCGUUGCAUUUUGACUACACCUAUAUCUACUUAUGUUCCUUUCACAAACUGACUAUCUAUCUAUCUAUCUAUCUAUCUAUCUAUCUAUCUAUCUAUCUAUCUAUCUAUGUUCAUAUCUAUCUAUCUAUCUAUCUAUCUAUCUAUCUAUUACUCUGUUCAUAUCUAUCUAUCUAUCUAUCUAUCUAUCUAUCUAUCUAUCUAUCUAUCGCUAUAUAUGUAUCAAUCUAUCUAGACUGUCAGAGAAAAGUCAGAGCUGGUCUAGAAUAUCUCUUAGAAAUCCUAUUAAUCCGCUCAUUCUUUUAUAUGCCCUGUUCCAACAUGGGUGAUUACGGUCCUCCUCCAGUUUCUAUACUUACUAUCUAUAAUCAGUGUUUAUCGACUUACUACACCUUCAGGUUUCUUUACGUUUAUCCAUUUAUACAUGUUGUUUUCUUCUGA